UGAUGGGUCUAUUGAGAACGCUGGAUGAAAGCAUUCAAAAAUGUCUGCUAAUCCAACUCGCCGACAAGCUUAUAUCCGCUGACCCACCUCUCUAUCAUAGGCAUCGAUGGUGCGCGUCCGUUGGAGGGCACGGAAAGCCCCGUACCACCGGCCCCGAGCUUUGACUCUGCUGUGGGCUAGAUCGCGGAGCAAAUUAGUCUGUUACACCAGAUUUCCAACAUGAUCCGGAGAGCAAGCAGUAAAAGGCAUAAUGUCAAGGCAGCAACAUCAUUCGUUCUGCGAGACGAGCAAGGAGACGACUAUGGUCCAAGGUUUCGAGACCUGUUUGCCCUGGCCAUGAUCCGGCACAGCUUUCCACACUGUUCGCAAUCCAUCCAAGAACGACUUGCCGACGCAAUGCUGCUGCGUCGAAAGAGGAUCCUCUACCGCCAUUCACGCUACGCACAAUCUCCGUUGAGGGGAGCCACAUCCGAAACCCGGAUUACGCAGCCGACUCAUACGAAGUCCCAACUUGAAGCUCAAAGACAUCCUGAGACUGGCUCUGGUGUUGCUGAACCCAAAGAUCUAAGAGCAUCGUCCCCUGCACAGAGUGUUGCCAAAUCUCAGGCAAUCACGGCAACAACACUUGACAUGGGACAUUGGAAGGAAGUUUCUGCGGCCCCAUCUGUCGGAAGCCAGGCGACCACUAUCCAGCUGUCUAACGAUCAUACGUUCACUUUCCCUGCCGCGCCGAAAAAGCCUCUGAUCCAGAGGCUAGAAGAUAUGAAAAGCCGUCAUCUCGCUAAUCUAGACCAAGAGCUUGACUCCCUUCCCAACUACGAUCUGUAUAAGCAGCAUCUACCACUGGAGCCUGAAGCCCUCGAAGAGCUCAUCGGAAGCAUAAAGGAGCUCACGGCCAAAACAUCUAUGAUUAUCGAUAACGAUCGAAUGUCCUGUGAGGCUGGUAGUAUGGACGUGACUUGUCCUUAUUGUUGCUGCAUCAUUUCUAGCGCCACGGCUAUGGAUAGGAACAAGUGGGCGAUACAUAUAAAGCAUGACAUCGAUCCUUAUAUAUGCCUUUUCGAGGACUGUGAUGCCCCCGACGCGCUAUACAGCCGCAGUCAUUCAUGGCUAGAGCAUAUGCGCCGCCACAGAAACCAUUAUCGGUGUUCAGCCAGAUCUCACGGACCCCUGGUGUUCAAAACCCAGUCCAAGUAUGAAAGCCAUAUGACGAUAAGUCACAAACUACCAAAAGCUCAGCUUCGUCUCCUUGUGGAGAGACAGUCUCAGUCCUCGAGGCCCGUCUUUGAGUCUUGUCCCCUAUGCGGAAUAGCGGAACCGACUGGCCGCUUAGAGAGUCAUAUUGCAAGCCACCUCGUGUAUCUUGCUUUGAAAUCAUUGCCUGCCUUUGGCGAUGACGGGGACUCUGAGGAUUCGGACGACCUUUCAAGCUACUCCAACACAACAGUCCCGCAAACUGUGGACAGCGCUGAGGGUUAUGACGAGCCUGGCCAGGAAUUAGGGGACCGUCGAGUAGCCAAUGGCUCAGACGCAGCAAAUCAGCUUGUGACUGAUGUGAUAUCAAUCCUCACCAAGCUACCUGUGCCGACCUUGGACGGGUUUACAGACCAGAUCCGUCAGCUCAAUCCACGCCUUGCCCCAGCACUGGUAGACCGUUUCGCUAUCGAGCAAGUUCGCCGGUAUACGAGACUGCUUAACGCGCAACACAUGCAUGCUAACGUUGCCGCUCAACGGACAUGCGGAUCUGAGAGUUUUUGUCUAGCACAGGGUGGUCGCUCGAUACAGCUUCCGCUUAGGAUCAUCGACCCAGGCGCUGAGACAGACGAUGCCGAUAUCGCAGACCCCUCUCAACUCGCUGGUCUUACUCUUGAUGCAGGACAAUUCCCACCGGAAAUUCCACUCCCGCCUAAUGUCCGAAGAUUACCGGCCAAGCUUGAGUGCCAAUUCUGCUUUAAGGUCAAAAACGUCCAGAAACCAGGAGACUGGACUAAGCAUAUCAUUGAGGACCUGCAACCAUAUACCUGCAGUUUUCCGGAGUGCCAAGAUUACAAAUCAUUCAAGAGAAAGGCAGACUGGGUUCGGCAUGAGAGUGAGCGGCAUAGAAAGCUUGAGUGGUGGGAGUGCGAGAGAGUGGAUUGCAGGCACAUAUGUUAUCGAAAGGAAAAUUACAUCCAGCAUCUUGUACGGGAGCAUAGAAUGCCAGAGCCAAAGAUGAUGAAAUCGGGUCGCAACGGCUCAAAUGACGUUUCUGGCACACGAGAAAAGGCAGAAUUAUGGGAAGCCGUUGAACGUGGUCACCGUGAGACGACUAGAAAGCCUUCGGAGGAACCAUGCCGGUUUUGUGGCAACAUCUCCGCUAAUUGGAAAAAUCUCAUUGUGCACUUAGCGAAACAUCUUGAGCAAAUCGCUAUGCCUGUAUUGGGUCUUGUCAACCCGAGCAGUGCCACCAGUGAAGAUAGUGCUCGUCUGGGGUGACAGGGAAGGAGGCUGAAACCGUGUGCCUUAAGUUGGAGUCUGCACAUUCUAAAGCCUAGCUCGUCUCUUGUGAGCGGAAUUACGGACGGGAUUGGGCAACAUUGUUUCUGCGGAUGUAAUAGCUGGCUGCGAGGAAGAAAGUAGAAGCACGAGUUUACACUUGUCGUUCUAACAUGCGAACUCCCGUCCUGAGCCUCGUGGACCAACGUCCACGCGACAUGCUGUAACACCGAGUAGGAAGCCCAACUCAUUGUCGCGAGACAUUUCAGAUGAACUCGAAGUUUGAGAAGACCCCUGAACUAUCGGGGGUCCUCCAUUCUGGAUAGGCACCAGCUC